AUGUUAACAUCUGGUGAUUUCGUAAUAAAAAAGUUAUCCUCCAUGAGAUACAGGAACAUUAAUGUGAACAGGAUUAACAAGUGUUGUGUCAAUAGUAUUCAAAGGUCCAAUAAGUUAAACUGUAACAACUACUAUUUCUGGUUCUUCUUUGAAUUAUACUAUUCCAAAUUUACCAUAAGGAUAUUACUCAACUUAUUUUUAACUCCCAAUUUUUAUACAGAUAAGACCUUGGUUACAGUAAUUGAAUUAAGUAUUACAUAAAUUGUGCUGCCCCAAUAGAUGGUUAACUUCUGGCUAUAAAUGGAGUUGGAUUUAAUGCUAAUAAAGCUCCACGUUUUAAAGUUGAAACAACAAUUUGUACUGAAUUAGAAUUAGUUUCCAGUGUAGAAAUUAAAUGUAGAAUGGCAGAUGAUCAGGAAUAUCUGCAGUUGUAACAUUAUAUAAUAGCUUUCUGAAAAUGAUUCAGCAAUACCUUAUACAGCAACUUAUACUUUAAUAAUUAACCCAUCUUCUUGUUCUCUUACAUUUGCAGCAAUUAGUUGUGCUACAUAUGAUUCAACUUAACCGUCUUAUUUGGCUACCUCUGGAAAUUUUGCUCUUGUAUUCAGAGGUGUUAUAUAUUCUGGUGCUAGUAUUGUUGUUACAUUGGAAAACAUGAUUCAUAAAAUAACUAGAACCUGUUUCAGCAUAAUCAAAUAGUCAUUAACAGCUACCUUUUCAAAUUUACCAGUAUGA